GACCCAAAAGUCCUCGUGACACGUCUUAAACCAUAUGAACGCAUAUGCCAUAAUGCAUGCGCCGUAUAUUGCUGGCGCUUUUUCCAGAAAGCGAAGUCGCUAACGUUAGCUAGACGCCCCCACUUACAAAAUAGUGACGACGUAUAUAAAGACUAAACUCCGCUGGCGCAUUUGGUUAUUCUGCAAAAUCACACGUAUCAAAAUCCUUCUCCGCAACAAAAGCAUUGGUCGCCGUGGUCAAAAUAUAUAAGCCAAGGGCUGUGUGCAUCAUGGCCGAACAAGGACCAUCGAUAACACUAGAAGCCCAUUUCAGGGAUCACGCAGUUGAUGCUCACGCAGAGAGAUGGAACUCGCUGUGGAAGGAUCACAAGUUCACGCCAUGGGAUCGUGGUGGUCCCAGUAUGGCCCUUUCUGACCUUCUGGAGCAUCGACCAGACCUGUUCGGUCAGCCAGCGUCCGCCGCGCUUGUUCCCGGCUGUGGCAGGGGUCAUGAUGUUCUCCUGUUGGAGUCCUUUGGGUACGAUGUUGUCGGCUUGGAGGUUUCGCCCACAGCUUUAGAGGAAGCACAAAAGAAUGCGGGGUCAAUGACAAGAGAUGGUGUUUACAGACGGCGUGGACAACAUCAAGGCAGUCAUCGUUUUGCCUCUGGCGAUUUCUUCAAGAACACGUGGACACAGGAAGUAGGUGUCGAGAAGUUUGAUCUUAUCUUUGACUACACGUUCUUUUGUGCCCUACCGCCGGCAGCUAGACCGAAGUGGGCUCAACGAAUGGCUGAGUUACUCGCGCCAGGCGGUCGGCUAGUUUGUCUGGAAUUUCCCUCGGCCAAAUCGUCUUCCGAAGCCGGUCCUCCGUGGGCAGCACCACCACAUUCAUACGUGGCUUAUCUGGGCAGACCUGGCCAGGAGCCUGCAACUGACACGCAUGGUGGUGUGCUUGAAGACAAGGUAGAAGAACCACAGAAAGGUGGACUAAGACGGAUAUUACACACCAAACCCCAGAGAUCUCACUUGUCUGGGGUCAAGGAUGGGAAGAUGAUUGACAACAUUUCCGUUUGGGAGCACUAUUGAUUGCGAGACUCUGAAGGGCUUCAAACCGACUCAAAAGCCAUGCUAAAAGCUGUAUUCA